AUGGUUAUUACAAAACCCAUCUUUUUAGCUUCUCUUCUCCUUCUUCUCAUCUUUGUCUCUGCAACUGAAUCAGCUCGUCAAAAGAGUGGGAACGAUGGUUUAGGAGGAUUCGGUGGAAUACCCGGAUCCGGAUUUGCCGGAAUACCCGGAUUCGGAAACGGGUUUCCGGGUACCGGAGUAGGUGGUGGGUACGGCGGUGGGUACGGUGGUCCGAGCGGUGGAUUUGGUAAAGGUGGUGUGGUUAGACCAACGGUGACUUGUAAAGAGAAAGGACCUUGUAACGGUAAGAAGCUUAGGUGUCCGGCCAAGUGUUUCAGUUCAUUUAGCCGUUCCGGUAAAGGAUACGGUGGUGGAGGCGGCGGAGGUGGUUGCACCAUGGAUUGUAAGAAGAAGUGUAUCGCUUAUUGUUAA